AUGUCACUACUAUAUGGCGGCCUCAUUUCUCCUCCAAUAAUUUUCAUCAAAACCAUACAAAAAUUUCAAAAAAAAAUGAGGCACAUUAUCCAUAUCUUAGUUCUUGUAAUUUCUAUCACAUGUUCCACCACUUUGUCAAUCGAUGCCACACAUCUAUCCAAAUCCAAACUCCCGCCAUUUUCAUGCGGGAGUUCGUCUUCGUCCUCGUCCUCAUCCUCAUCCCCGUUCUGUGACGCGGGCUUGCCGGUCAGGGAGCGGGCCCGCGACCUGAUCUCGCGGCUGACGUUGGACGAGAAGAUCUCGCAGCUCGUCAACAAGGCCGCGGCCAUCCCCCGCCUCGGCGUCCCCUACUACCAGUGGUGGUCGGAGGCGCUGCAUGGGGUGGCCGUCGCCACGGGAGUCGAGAACGGGGUCAAGUUCGACGGGGUCAUCGAGGCCGCCACCAGCUUCCCUCAGGUCAUUCUCACGGCCUCCACCUUCGAUGCCGAUCUCUGGUAUCGGAUUGCAAAGGUGAUCGGAAGAGAGGCAAGAGCCAUCUACAACGAGGGGCAGGCGAUUGGCCUAACGUUCUGGUCGCCAAACAUCAACAUCUUCAGGGAUCCGCGAUGGGGGAGGGGGCAGGAGACCCCCGGGGAGGAUCCCUUGCUCACGGCCAAGUAUGCCACGUCGUUUGUCAGAGGCCUCCAAGGCGACUCGUUUGAGGGCGGAGCCCUCAAAGAUGGCCACCUCCAAGUCUCUGCGUGUUGCAAGCACUUCACUGCCUAUGAUCUCGACCGCUGGGAGGGAUAUGAUCGAUUCACCUUCAAUGCUCAAGUGACAAAACAGGAUUUGGCGGAUACUUACCAGCCCCCGUUCAAGGGCUGCAUCGAGGAGGGGAAGGCGAGUGGGAUAAUGUGCGCGUAUAAUCUUGUGAACGGGGUCCCUAACUGCGCGGAUUAUAAUUUGCUCACCAAGACUGCCCGCGGAGAGUGGGGAUUUGAAGGGUACAUAACCUCGGAUUGUGAUGCGGUUUCGCUUCUCUUUCAUCAGCAACAUUAUGCAAAAUCGGAUGAAGAGGCUGUUGCUGAUGUGCUCAAAGCUGGAAUGGAUGUGAACUGUGGUUCAUACUUGGGGAAUUAUACAAAAUCUGCUGUUUUGAAGGGGACAGUGUCUGUAUCUGACAUAGAUAGAGCUCUUGAGAAUCUUUUCUCUGUGAGGAUGAGGUUAGGUCUCUUCAACGGCCCCCCAAGCGGGACCUACAGUACACUCGGGCGAGCAGAUGUCUGCUCGCCCGAGCACCAGGAGCUGGCACUUGAGGUAGCCAGGCAGGGGAUAGUCCUUUUGAAGAACGAAGGAAACCUGUUGCCGCUACCCAAGGCCAAGAAGGGGUCUCUUGCAGUGAUAGGCCCGAAUGCGAAUGUUUCCAAGGUACUUCUUGGGAACUACCAUGGGCCGCCUUGCAUGACCGUCACACCACUACAAGGGCUAAUGAGUUAUGUUGAGGAUGUCAAGUUUGAACAAGGGUGUGACACCGUCAAUUGUAGCUCUGUCGAUGUGAAGACGGCGGUCGAGCUUGCAAAAUCAGCGGAUCACGUGGUUUUGGUGAUGGGACUUAACCAAGAACGCGAGAAGGAGGAUCUUGAUCGCGAUGAUUUGGUGCUUCCGGGGAAGCAGCAGAGCUUGAUCAUGAGCGUUGCCAAGGCGGCUAAGAAGCCUGUUGUGUUGGUGUUGUUAUGUGGAGGGCCGGUCGAUGUUUUGUUCGCGAAAAAUGAGCCGAAAAUAGGAAGCAUUUUGUGGGCGGGCUAUCCUGGCCAGUCUGGAGGGAGAGCAGUUGCAGAGAUCAUAUUUGGUGACUAUAAUCCAGGAGGAAGGUUGACUAUGACUUGGUAUCCACAAGAUUUCAUCAAGAUACCGAUGACCGAUAUGAGAAUGAGGGCUGACCCGUCGUCUGGCUACCCAGGGCGCACCUAUAGAUUCUAUAAAGGUGAAAAGGUGUUUGAAUUCGGGUAUGGGCUGAGCUACACCACCUAUUCUUACAAGAUCGUGUCCGUGAGCCAAAGCAAGCUAGAUCUCAAGACAUCAUCAUCCGCUUCCGACCUAGGGUAUGUCGCGGUCCAAGAGUUGGGACCGGGGUCAUGCGACAAGGCUAGGGUUUCGGUUAUCGUUAGUGUUGAGAAUGAAGGGGAGAUGGCGGGUAAGCACCCGGUGCUUUUGUUUCUGAGGCGCGCUCAAAGUGGCAGUGGUGGUCCGAUGAAACAAUUGGUCGGGUUUCAGACGGUUAGGACCGAUGCUAAAGAGAAGGUGAGUGUCGAGUUUUCGGUAAGCCCGUGUGAGCAUUUUAGUAGGGCCAAUGAGGAUGGAGAGAUGGUGAUUGAAUCAGGAGAUGGGAGUUUAGUUGUAGGAGAUGAGGAACAUCCCAUUACCAUAAGUAUUUGACAAAUUAAAGAAUUGUCAAUUGUGUUCAAGACUUUUAUGCAGCUUGAUGAUGAAUACUAUUGAAAUAAAAUGUGAUGUGGAUGUUAUUUGAA